GGCGUGGCAUAAGCUGUAGAGUGAGGAGGCGUGCCGCUUGUUGGAAUGUGCCUCUGCUGAGUGUUUUAGGGGCGUGGUACCUGCAGCGGGGCGUGUCCUAAUGCAGGGGGCAGAGAGAGCGAGGGAGAGAGAGGUGACGCAGGAGGGUCCGGCCCGGGAGAGAGGGGAGUGAAUUCUGAGCUCAGUAAGGAGCGCGGGGUUGUCGCAGCGAUAGCGAAGAGGCUUGUGCACUGGCAACAUGAACCGGGGACACCGGGCGGCAGGUACCAGCAGCAGGUCCCUGGGAACAGUAGAGGUGAAGAGCAAGUUUGGGGCGGAAUUCCGACGCUUUGCAUUGGAGAAGACAAAACCGGGAAAAUUUGAAGAAUUCUAUGGAUUACUUCAGCACGUGCACAAAAUCCCAAACGUGGAAGUAUUGGUGGGCUACGCAGAUAUUCAUGGGGACUUGCUGCCCAUUAACAAUGAUGACAAUUAUCUUAAAGCGAUGACUACUGCAAACCCCUUGCUCCGGAUAUUUUUGCAGAGAAAAGAGGAGGCCGACUACAGUGCAUUCGGCACGGACACACUAACCAAAAAGAAGACUGUACUUUCAACAGUGUUGCAUCCAGAACUCAACAAAAAGAAGCCACACAUAGUUAUAAGUAUGCCAAAAGAUUUCAGGCCCGUUUCAUCAAUCAUUGACGUAGACAUUCUUCCCGAAACCCACCGUCGGGUCCGGCUCUACAAACACGGAAUGGAGAAACCCCUUGGCUUCUACAUACGCGACGGCUCCAGCGUCCGAAUGACUCCACACGGAUUGGAGAAAGUGCCUGGGAUUUUUAUAUCACGGCUUGUACCUAGUGGACUUGCACAGAGCACCGGCUUGCUGGCCGUCAACGAUGAGGUCCUUGAAGUCAACGGGAUUGAAGUUUCCGGAAAGAGCCUUGACCAAGUGACGGAUAUGAUGAUUGCGAACAGUCACAACCUUAUUAUAACGGUAAGACCCGCCAACCAGAGGAACAAUAUUGUUCGAAACAGCCGGAAUUCGGGCAGCUCUGGGCAGUCUACCGACAGCAGCACAAGUGUGCAGAGCCAUGUAACCCCUCAGCAGAUUGUGCAGAACUAUCUUCCUGAAGAUGCUGAGAGCGACGAAGAGGACAUUAUCAUCGAAGAGAACGGUGACCCCCAACAGAUUCCCAAAGCCAUUCCCAGCAGCGAGAGCUUGGAAUCCUUAUCUCGCAUGGAAAUGUACCACGAUUCAUCUCAAAAUGGCUACAUCCCAACGAACACUUACAGAAUGCACCUCAGCACCACAGGGGGCAGCAUGGAGCAACUGGGAAAUAACCACGAUAAAAAAAUCUUCGAAGAAGACGGUACCAUGCUUACACUGUGAACUACUCAUUCCCUACGCCCUUGAGAUGCGUCUCAGGUGGUUAACGAAUGGUUGCACAUCUAGUUUCUUGGUUAUUGAUCUGCGUGACAAUAUUGUAAAUGGGAAGAGAUCUUUUUAAAAUAUUUUAUGUAAUGUAUAGUUUUAUUUUCCCAGGAGAUUUUAUUUCUUUUGGCACCAAGUAUAACCUUUCUUCGGUGUGUGAAAUGAAGGAGAAAUAACGACCAAUGCCGUCUGUCCUUUUGUACCUUACAUUCCAUAUGCAAACAAAAUAUCAUGUAUCUGUCAUUUUUAGGGAUGCACCAAAUCCAGUUUUUUGGAUUUGGCCGAACCCCCGAAUCCUUCGUGAAAGAUUCGGCCGAAUCCGAACCCUAAUUUGCAAAUGCAAAUCAGCGAGGGGGAGGGGAAAAUAGUGCCGCGCGCACAGUGCGUAGCUAAAAAUUUUUUUACUUCCAUGUUUUGUGACGAAAAGUCACAUGAUUUUAAGGAUUCAGGUUCGGCCAGGCUGAAUCCGAAUCCUGCUGAAAAUGGCCGAAUCCUGGCCAAAUAUCGAACCGAAUCCUGGAUUUGGUGCAUCCCUAGUCAUUUUGUACUGGCAUGUAGUGUUGUUAAUCCGCGCUCUUGUGAUUCCUGUAGACAAGACGCACAAAGCAACGUGUGUUGAAUCGAUGUCCUGCGUUUUAAUUCUGCUUUUAAGGUUUUUAUACUUUCGGAUUUACUUGUUGGUGUUGCAAAUAUGAUAACAGGUGAUGCUUUGCAGAGCCCUCAAAUUCUGCUUUUUCCAUUCUUUAACUCUCAAAUGUUUGCUCUUGGCCUCUGUAGAAAUCUGAAUAAAAUUCUGAAUCGUU